AUGUCCUUCCAACCAAUUCAAGGAGUUUAAGUAACUCCCUUUAACCAAACUUACUUAGUAUUCAACUCCUUAUCAAGAGGAGAAGUAGGCAGAUUAUGUUUAGAUUUACUGAUAAAUAACAAUGAUGUCAGAAAAAUAGGAUAUUAUAGAUCUAAAUUUAUUGCUGACAAGGUUUAAAUAUCAAACUUAUAGGGAAAAUACUAACUUUUGUUAAGCGCAGAAUUAUAUUAAUACAAGCAAUACACUUUCUUACAAAUCCGUUCUGGAUGCUUUGAAGGAAGAAAAAAAUAGUUUUUAGAAGAAAUCCAUGAUUUUGUUUCUUAGAAUAGCUUCAAAUCUUUGAUAUUCCUUUCUUCUCUUCCUAUUUCUGAUAGACCUGACUUCGAAAUAAAUUCACCCACCCCAAAUACUUACUAUUAUGGAAAUCCUAAAUUUGAGUAGUUGUAAAGCAAAGAAUAGAUCCUUAAUUUGAGUUAAUUCAAGAAUAUCAAUCUAAUUAAAAGAGAGGAUUAAGAAAUUCAUGAUGUCCUUUACGGAUCUGGCCUAAGCUAUCACUUUAGUAAAAGAAAGGAAUUUGCUGAUUUUAGCUUCUGUGCUUUGCUUAUAUAUGCUUAACCAGGUUCUGAUCUUGUUGGUGCAGCUAGAUUAUUAUAACAAUUUAUUCAUGCCUAAGCUGAUUAAGCAGCAUAUAAACCAUUAACAUUUUAAGAGAAAGAUAUUACCAAAAAUAUUUCUUAUUCUUUAGAUUCAGUAGUUAUUCUUCAUGAUGAAUGA